GAAAUGGGUCGUCGCUGUAUCGUCUGUGGCGAGAAGCCAAUUGGAGACUACAUCAUUCCAACCACCAUUGUGGAGGCGCGUAGAUGGUUGAAUUUGGCAAAUCUUAAUUCGUCCAAUCUGGAUGUGGCUACAUAUCGCAAAUGGGCAUGUGUCUGCGUCAGCCACUUGAAGGGAUUUAACGAUGAACUUUGCCAGAAGACGCAAUCGGGCACUGAGAAUACUCGCAGAUGUACAGAUGAUCAACGGCGAUGGUCGGAAAAUCUUUGCACUAAUCCUAAUAGUCCAAGGCCAAGCCCAAGCGCCAGCUGCGCAUCGGAAAUGGCGAAUCAAGAGGUCAUGAGUUUCAGCCACCUGGAAGGAUUUAAGCAUGAACUUUGUCAGAGAAAGCGAUCUGGCAGUGAGAAUACUCGCAGAUGUAGAGAUGAUCAAGGGCGAUGCUCCAAAAAUAGAGGCACUAACCCAAAACGUCCGUACCCAGUCCCAUUCUAUCCAUCCGGAAUGAUGAAUCAACAGGGCAUAGGUGGCCAAAAAUUUGCCAGCUAUUCGCAGACGCAAUGCUUGCGUAGUACUUGUCCAGUUUUGAACAAUCAGGGGGGCAAUCAAAUGGGGCGAGGUUCCGAAUUGGUAAGCCCCGAAUAUCAGUCGAUGGGGCGUCAAGCAGGAGCCACUGAAUCUUGCAUGUCCCAGAGUAUACCAUGUCCACAAAGGUGUCCUACGUGCAGCGCCUGCGCCCAAUGCAAACAGAGGGAAAUGAUGGAGAGCAACGCCAGAGAUCAAUGCCAACAAAUGACAAGGCUGCCGCCAUUACAGAAAUGUACUCAGCAGCAGCAACAAGAGCAGGACACCGCAGAAAGCAUUUACCUCAACUUAAAUAAUACACUCGGCCAGCAAAGAGGAAUGUUGUCCCAGCAGCAACCGCAACAGAAAAGUGCGAAACAACAAAUGCCACAGAGACAGCAAAAGCGUAAAAAUCGUAGUAAUUCCAGAUCAGGGCCUGGUUCUAAUAUGCAAAGCAAGAAAGCGAUGGGCCAGUGCUGUCCGGCAUGCAACAUGAUGGACCAAGGGGUCCAGUAUGCCUCGCAAAUGGUCCAACCACCUGCACCGCAACCAAAUUGCUCGAAUAGACCCCCUCCGACAGGGGGAUGCAGAGCCAAAAUACCAUUCUCCAUUGCCUCCACUAAUAGCAUUGUGUACCCAACUAAGGGGCCCUCUGCCAAGGCCAGUAAAGUUGAUAUGAGCCUCAUUAUUCAGGGUAUGCAGAGUGGACAGGAACAGGAAAAGCCUUGUCCUGGGAAGACUUGUCCUGGAAAGACUUGUUCUGGGAAGAAUAAACCGAAUAUUGUUAAUGUCCUUCUCAUGGCAGGGUCUCCAAAAGAGAGCUGCGAUGCUAGCGAAUAUAUCUGUCCAGAAACCUUCCAGCCGUCGCCCCUUAGUGAGAUUCGAUUGCUCCAGUCGGAUCUAACGGAUGCUAACGAGCGUGCCGCUUUCCAGGACCUUGAUCAUCCCAACUAUAGAGUAUGCCGCGCUUCCACCAACGAUUCGGAAGGCAAUUGCCAAGGUGAGGAGCAGGAUGAGAACUGCGCGGACGUCCUAGUGCUUGACCAGGGUCCAAGCUGUAGCAAAUGUCCACCCAUAUGCAUCUGUGGCAUGACAAAUGAAAAUGGCAAUAACUGCGGUCAAUGGAAAAGCGAAACCCUGUCACAGUUGCCAGAAGGUGCCAACUGGUUCGACACAGCGGCUACAUCGAAUAGCACUAAGGUUCUUGAACUGCAGGCGGCACGCAUCAAGGAGCUGUACUGCUUACUGGCAGAGCAAAGCGAACUGCAGAAAACCAUCCAGGCCAAGAUGGAGGAGUUACAGCAAGGGCCAUCCGACAGUGGAAAUUCAGCAGCUGCGGAUCCAGCAGCACCGGACGCAGCAGCUCCGGAUCCGAAAGAGGACAAAAGCGUACAGACGAUGGCGACCAGAAAAAGUACAAAAUAAUGUUUGGGCGCGCCAGUUUACAGUUUACCGACACGGAAUUAACACAAUCUGUGCCAGUCAAGAAUACAAUUAUGGAAGCUAAA